AUGUUCCAGCUGCCCAUCCUCAAUUUCAGCCCGCAGCAAGUGGCCGGGGUAUGCGAGACCCUGGAGGAGAGCGGGGACAUCGAGCGCCUGGGGCGCUUCCUCUGGUCCCUGCCCGUGGCCCCCGCGGCCUGCGAGGCCCUGAACAAGAACGAGUCGGUGCUCAGAGCCCGGGCCAUCGUGGCCUUCCACACGGGGAACUACCGGGAGCUCUACCACAUCCUGGAGAACCACAAGUUCACCAAGGAGUCCCACGCCAAGCUGCAAGCCCUCUGGCUGGAAGCGCAUUACCAGGAGGCGGAGAAGCUGCGGGGCCGACCCCUGGGACCGGUGGACAAGUACCGGGUGAGGAAGAAGUUCCCGCUGCCCCGCACCAUCUGGGACGGCGAGCAGAAGACACAUUGCUUCAAGGAGCGGACGAGGCAUUUGCUGCGGGAGUGGUACCUGCAGGACCCUUACCCCAACCCCAGCAAAAAGCGGGAACUGGCUCAGGCCACGGGACUUACCCCCACGCAAGUGGGCAACUGGUUCAAAAACCGCAGGCAAAGGGACAGGGCAGCAGCCGCUAAGAACAGGCUACAGCAGCAGGUCCUAACGCAGGGCUCGGUGCGCUCGCUGCAAGCGGAGGAGGAGAGCGGCGGGGAGGCGGUGGGGGCCGCCUCCAGCCCCGCAGCCAGCCUCUCCAGCAAAGCCGCCACCUCCGCCAUCUCCAUCACAUCCAGCGACAGUGAAUGUGACAUCUGACACCACCGCCGUGACAAACCGGCGGGAGCGGGGGGUGCAGCUGGCCGGUGCCCGCCCGCCUGCCGACACGGCCGGAGCAGCGGGGCUUGCAAUAGCCCGGCCGCGGUCGCCAAACGCCGGGGUACCGGGCGCCCCUCGCCACACGCCGCCCGCCCGCGCCUCCCCGCCAGCCCCGCCGCAGACUGCAUUGAAAAACGUGAUGAAAAUCGUUGUCGCCUUUAUUUCGAAGGAUUUGCAGAAUCGAUGCCUAAAAAAAAAAAAUUUAAAGAAAGCCCACAAAACGUUAACAAAAAAAAAAAAAACCCACAACAAAAAACCCCCGAAUGCCAAGUUGCAAAAUGUCUGAGCGCCUGCCCUUA